AUGGACCUGCUGGAGCUCUCUCGCUGCCGGGAUUCUCUUUCCCUCGAUCAUCCCUAUGUCAAGAGAUAUGAUUCAUCUCUUGAACUGGGUGAUGUUUUCUACAUAUGCUCGGAACCGAUAAAAAAGCCUGAUGGCUCGGUUUGCUCUUCAGAUGACGUCUGGAUUGAUGUUGAUUCUGAUGUCCACCGACGCCCCUGUUAUGUCGCCCCUCAGAGAUCCUUGGAACAUCUCCUAUUGGGGCCUUCCUGGAUGAAUUCUGCUGAAUCCCUUAAAAAAAAAUUGACUGCUCGCCUGGCCAAAAUUUACUUGGAAGAUAUUGUUCACUGCAGUAAGUGUAUUGAGCUCUGUCUCAGCAUACAUAGCAGUCUUUUACAAACACUGUCCGGCCCCUUACUGUCCAUUUACACAGAAGGUUUGUCUGAACUAUGGCAUCGACACAAGCUGAAUGGAUUCGUUGGGCGCCUUAAUUCACUAACCUGUGAUCGCGGAACUAUUUCUAGGUUUCCUUAUAAGAAGUUCAUUCACCGAGUAACAAAUCAUUCGGAUGAUGGAACCAUUUUAUCCCUCCAGAGCGGAACUUCUCCACUACAACGGCAUACAUUGGGAAGUCACGCACGUACAAUUGGUGCCCCAGCCCUUGGACUUGGAUCACUAUACUCACCGUUUUAUUUGUUUGGUGGGCCUUCCUCGAGCAACUCGAACCUAGCAGGUGUUACUGGAGCUGGCUCUAGAUCUAGACUCUCUGGUUCAUCCGAUUUUUUUUCAUCGCUUUCCAAUUUUCCUUGUGGGCCCCCACCAACUCUCGUUUUGGUAUCAUAUCCUAAUGCCACAGGAGUC